UAUUUGAUCGCUCACACUCUGUCACACUCCACGCUCGCCAAGUGCGUUUUGAACGCUGCACAAUGUCAUCAGCUGGUAGUAUAACAAGCCUACGACACGGCAGUCCCGAUCCUCCGCGGCCAAUGUCACCGAGUCAAAGUACAGAAGAUAUCCUUCAGACGAUCAUGAAGAUCAGAAAAAGCUGGAAAACUUUGAAGGGUAAUACCGAGCCUGUAUGGCCACCUCAUCUCGAGGCCACGAUGCUGAAAGGCCUUCAAGAAUAUGGACCUGUUCACUCCCGGGAAGCACAUACAUUAAGUCGAUUCCCUCAGCGCAAUCAGUUCAUCUCGGAUUACAUUUACCGCAAGACGGGAAAGCACAGAUCAACAAAACAAAUAGGUAGUCGCCUACAACAGUUUAAGGACACAUUGGAGGGUCGGGAAUUGAUUGAUUCCCUGCAAUUUCAUGAUGCGCGGAGUGAAGUCGACUUGUCACGGAGGUUUUCUCCUCAUAGCCAUGGUUUCGAGGAUGAAUUCAAUCCUUCUACUUCCUCUUUAUAUUCCAACUCUUCAACGCCAAGCAACGACAGCUCAUCCACCUGCUCAUCCACCGGCUCGUCCAUAUCUUCUGGACAAUACCGCGACAUGUCAUCGUCUAAACGAACCCACCUUCCUGACACCCGUACCCCAGUAUACAUUGACAUUUUGCCAGAGUCUAGCUCAUUCUCGAGCUCAUCCUCCUCACGUUCGCGUGUACCACUGUCUUCUCCAUAUAGGUCCCUUCAAGGCGUCGCUGCACACACCUCCUCAGGCACACCGCGUCCCAUAAGGAACAUUGAUUCCACCGUAACCUUCGUCUCACCCUCUACCGUCAUUGGCAAGUCAUCCUAUAUAGUGUUAUUGGAUGGCGCACCUAUACACAGCGAGGACACGAAACUCGAAUGCGUCGGACCAUAUUUUACCGGUUCUUCUGAUGAUGGUCCAUUGCUGUACAGCACAGCUCUGGUUCCCAAGUAUUGGGAGACCCUGUGCAAAUCUCCAGAUCCUACCGUAUACACCAUCAUUCAGGACGUGUACCGUACUCUGGGCCCAGGAAUUCCCGCAAGAUCCUCAGGUCGCCCACGCCCAGUUCCUAUCUUCUCUGCUACAUACCACUUCCGAUAUUCUGUCACACCCACAUCUUCCAUAUCACCACACUUCGCAUAUCAAGACAAUUCACGACUUCUCGCAAACACUACUCAUGCUUCUUCCGAUCUACUUAACCCCAUACGUCCACUCUCUUUCCCAAAUUACCCAGUGUCUCCGAACUUCUCGGAACAAGGGAGGCUUCAGUCGCACGAAUACAACACGCAAAGCAGGCUGGACGAGCAAUUCAUAUCGGAUGGCAGCCUCGAUAACUUUCCCCUAGAUGACUUCAUGACCAAUUUUCAUGACUCGCAUGAGACAACAUACAGUGAGAUGAUGGCACAGUCAUCGUCAAGCUUCCCGACGGACAUCCAUAACUAUAUUAUGUAGAAUAGUAGCGCACAGAUGGUCAUAAUAAUAUUGACAUGUACUGUAUGCUUGUAAUUAUAUCGGAGUCUUCCAGUGGAGCUAGGUCCCUGGCAUUCGCCCUUCACUA